AUGCAGCCGCCUGCAAAGGUUCCCCUUGCCCCCCCAAGCCUGCCAGCCCGCGGCCUGGCGGGCCCUUGCAGCCCUCCAGCCGAUCGCGGCUGGGUCUGGCUCACAAGGCACACGGCCCUCAGGGCUGCUCGCAGCACCUCCAGGGCCAACGGCCUCUCCGCCGCCUCCUACAGCCCCUCGGCCCUCCGCCGCCUACUGUCGUCAUUGGCCAUCCUCGAGCAGCGCGACGGCAAGCUGAACCACGGCUCUCUCAGCGCCAUCACGGCCGCAAAGAAGCUCGGCGGCCCCGUGCACGGCUUCGUUGCUGGUGACAACAUCAAGGGCGUCGCCGACGAGGCCGCAAAGGUCGACGGCGUCGACAAGAUCAUCGCCGUCGACAACGCCGCCUAUGAGAAGGGCCUAGCAGAGAACUACGCACCGCUCCUGGUAGAGAACAUCAAGAAGGGCGGCUAUACCCACAUCAUCGCCGGCCACACCGCAUUCGGAAAGAACCUGAUGCCCCGAGUUGCCGCGCUGCUCGACUCGCAGCAGAUCUCAGACAUCACCGCCAUCGAGAACGAGAACACCUUUGUGCGCCCCAUCUAUGCCGGUAACGCCAUCGCCACCGUCGAGUCCUCGGAUGCGACCAAGUUCAUCACCAUUCGAGGCACGGCCUUUGCCCCCGCCGAGGUGGGCAGCGGCUCGGCUGCCGUCGAGGACGGCGUCGACCCCAAGGCCGAGGCCCUCGCCGAGUGGGUUUCCGAGGACCUGGCCAAGUCAGACCGGCCGGAUCUUGCGACGGCGGGCAAGGUCGUCUCCGGUGGCAGAGGACUCAAGUCCAAGGAGGAGUUUGACAAGGUCAUGCUGCCCCUCGCCGACUCGCUCGGCGCAGCCGUCGGUGCGUCGCGAGCUGCUGUGGACAGCGGCUAUGCCGACAACAGUCUGCAGGUCGGCCAGACCGGCAAGGUCGUCGCCCCUCAGCUCUACAUGGCCGUGGGCAUCUCUGGUGCUAUCCAGCACUUGGCUGGUAUGAAGGACAGCAAGGUCAUUGCCGCCAUCAACAAGGACGGUGAUGCGCCCAUCUUCCAGGUCGCCGACGUGGGACUGGUUGGAGAUUUGUUUGAGAAGGUCCCCGAGCUGACCGAGAAGCUCAAGUCGUCAUCGUAG